ACCACAGAGUCAAUGCCGCUUCCUCAGACCCAUAUUCCAUCGUCUUCGGACGAUUGGGAAGCUGUGUGUUCUUCGCAUGGCGAAGAACGAAUAAAGAAUUUCGAUUCCGAAUUGGAUAGGCAUAUGAUGCAGACGAUCACGGAUGUCAAAUACAUGAUCAAGAAGAGCAAAUAUACUGCACUUAGUGAGGUGAACUUUCAACGAGGAUGCUUGGAUGCUCAUAACGACCUGCGACAAAGGUAUGGAGUCGCCCCGUUAAUUUGGUCAGCUGAAUUGGCCGACAUGGCGCACGCAUGGGCAGUGAAGUUAUCUGACAGGGGAAGGAUUCUGUAUCCAGAAUUGCCAGGAAUUGGAGAAAAUAUUUUGUUGUCGGAUGCCAAUGAUCAUUCCCAUCUUCCAACUGGCGCGGAAGUCGUCACUCGUUGGGAAACGGAAGUUGAUCAAUUCGAUUUCGAUCGACCACGAUGGAGUCCGAAAUGUCAACGCUUUUCGCAGAUGGUCUGGAGGGAUACUACUGAACUCGGUGCUGCAAGAGCAUGGAAUACGGAAAAGAAUUGUGUUGCAGUAGUGUGCUUCUAUCGACCAAGUGGGAACUCAAAUGCUCCCGGUGAAUUCGCCUCCAAUGUGCCAUCACGAGACUGCUCAAUGUCGCCGGCUCGUAGUCUAGCCGGUCAAGUCAAGCGUUCUGUUACAAUAACGGCUCCACCCGAUCAUAAACGGGACACUUAA